AUAGCUAAGGCACGGCCCGCGCACACGUGACUUAUACAUAAACAAAGUGAGUCACGUGGUAGGGCUACAGGACAAGCGCAGUACCUAGUUAGUGGACAGGAUAAUGUUUUGUUGUGGGGUUAUCACAGGGGAAACGCACAGAUUCAGCGUUUGUAGCUGAGAAUGUUGUCCUGAGCUGCGCUGUCAUAUCCUGUCAGAGCGCGCUGGCGCUAUGGCGUGUCCCCCGGAGAGCGAGGUGCGGGUGGUCGGGCCCUGUGAGUCGGUCGCUGAGGGGGCGAGAGCACAGGCCCAACAGGAUCAGCCGUGUCCAGGGGCAGUGACGGUGUCCCCGGCGACUGUAAUGGUGGAGUCGGUGGACGAUGCGGAGGGACUGUAUGUGGCUGUGGAGAGAUGUCCCCUGUGUAACACGGCGAGGCGCAGGCUAACCUGUGCCCGGUGUAUCAGAGCCGGAGACUUCGUGCACUUCAAUGGCAAAAGCCCUGAAAGAUACACUGAGAGACUGGAAAGACUUGAGGAAAUGAAGAAAGAAAAGGAGAUCCUCCAGCAAAGGGUAAUCAAAACCAUGGACAAGAAGGUUCAGACCGACCAGCUUAAGUGGAAGAUAAUGUCAUGUAAGAUGAAGAUUGAGCAACUUAAAGAGGCAAUCUGCAGUGGGAAUCAGGAAGUGAAGAGUGGCAAAGAUCUGUUACUUCGCACUCAGGAAGAAGGUCAGAGACUGCAGCGACGGGCGAGUCGCCACCAAGAGAAGCGGGAUAAAAUAGAGCGUCAUAACCGUCGGCUAAGCGAGCUGUUGGAGAAGAGGAAUAAAGAGCUGCAAAGCAGACUGGAGGCUCUGGCUGAGGUGCGACGGGGUCACAUCCUGGAACUCACUACCUACAUCUUCCCUACUCAGGAGGAAAAACAGGGUAGCAGAGACCCAGCUGAAACUGCUGUAGCAGAGUACGAGUUUGCCCUCACAUCCAGCACCGUGAGUGAAUUAGCCGAGGCCCGAAGAACAACCUACAUGUCUGGUCGUUGGAUCUGGGAUGAUCAGAAUGGCGAGACGAGCAUCAGCAUUACUGGGUCUCAUGUCACGCUGCCCAGUAAUGGAGACUGCUCGGCCUACUAUAACUGGGUAGAAGAGAAAAGCACUAAUCCUGGGCCAGAGUUGGAUCACAUCACUCCAGCACAUACCAUCAGUGCAGCCCUCUGCUAUGCUACUCAACUUGUUAAUAUUCUUUCUCAUAUUUUGGAUGUCAAUCUGCCUAAAAAGCUGUGUAACAGUGAGUUCUGUGGAGAUAAUUUGAGUCGGUACAGAUUUACUCGUGCUGUUAACAAACUCAACACCAACAUCCUACAUCUCUGUUUCUCUCAGCAUGUAGACAGCGAGCUACUUCAUCCCCACCACACACUGAGAAAUAUCAUGUUUCUGGUCUCCCCUGAGAACAAGAAUCUUGGAAGGACUGGACCAUUUGAAGUAAGUGCAGAUUUGGAGGACUCCAUGGAAUUUUUGGAGCCUGAGGCAUCGGGUGCUGCAGAGGAGAGUGGAGAUGAAGCCGUAACAGAUGAAGAGACAGACUUGGGCACAGACUGGGAAACUGUCCCCAGCCCCAAAUUCUGCGACAUCCCCUCUCAGCCCAUGGAUUUGUCUCAGAGCACAACCAUGCAGGUCUCUCAGCCAGCAGGAAAUGCUGGAGGCAUGAUCUCCUCUGCUGCUGCUUCGGUCACCUCCUGGUUCCGAGCCUACACUGGCCAGCGCUGAGUCCAGGCUGGUGUGUUUGGACUGCUGUAGCUAUGCAAACAAACUAUUGUCCCUCUUUUGUCAAAUCUUACUAGAAAAGUGGAUUUUGUGACUCACUUGAUUGCAUGUAUGAAUGUGUGUGAUUAAAAAGAGCAAGAGGGAAAGAAUAGCAUUUCUAACCUUUUAAAAGUAAAAAUAGGAUCUGGUGAAAUUAUUUGUUUAAAAGAAAACACCUUUUGUAGUUCAUGCACCUUGUAGGAUCUCCACUAUUCUCUUGUUAAUAUCAGUUCCCUUUUCUUUCCUUAAAAUUUGGAGUAUACUGAUAAAGGAUUGUUUUAUAAAGAAUGUCAUUGAGCAUGAUGCACUAUAUUUCACUUUAAUGGGCUGGAUUGCCUUGAUAGAAACAUUUUGUUUACUGGAUAUAGCAGCAUAAACAACGUGGUAGGUGACAGUUAUAGCCAUCUAACAUUUUCAAAAUCCUGAAUUAUUUCCGCUGCAUUGUUUAAUAUGGAAUGCUUGUCAAACAACUGGCACAGCUCGUUUAACUAUAUUACAGUGCAAAACAGUAUAAUAUGUAAUACUCACCACUGGCAUUUGAGAUAGUGAGUUAAUGCUUUGGGUUGCUUAAAAAUGAAAGUGCACCUUUUCACCAGCUAUUUAAAACCCCUGUUUGUAUCUUGUAAAUGAGUAACAUGUUUUAGGUUAUGAAUAAACAAGUGCAGAUUUUUGAUAUGGUAAUCAAGUAAA